UCUAUGUACAUAUACCUUAUAGUGUCAAUAGCUUAUAAUAUAUCAUGGAUAACGCAAAAGUAUUUUUCUUCUCUGUAUUGGUUGCAUGCAGUGGUUCUAACGUUCUUGGACUUAAUUCUGAGGGGACCCACGAGCGUUACGAUGAACGGCUAAGACAACAGGGGGAGGAAAUCCAAGUCUUAAAACAACAAGUUGCACUUUUGGCGGAAACUGUAGAAAAAUGUGGAUGCCAUUCAUCUUCCAAGGAAGACGAGAACAGGGGGAAACGUUUACUUAGCCUUCCAACUGCACAUCCUUCUCCACAGCAAGUUGCUUUCUAUGCUUACCUAACCCAAAAUAUACCAAACCUUGGACAUCACCAUCCAAUAGUGUUCAACCAUAUCCACAUUAAUGAAGGAAACGCCUACUCUUCGGUGGACGGUGAAUUCAUUGCCCCUGUACCAGGUCUCUACGUAUUUUCCUGGACAUUAAGUAGUCCGGACCGUAAAUGUAUGGAGAGCCAACUAAUGAAAAACCAGGAAGUGUUUGGUCACCUGAUCGCCGACGCGUGUAACCACGACGACUACGCAAUCUCUUCAGGAACCGCCGUCACCCGCCUCAAUACCGGGGACAAGGUGUUUGUUCGGACAGGCUCCGUACACUCACCCACACUCUACGGAGGCGGAGGCCUUUCUACCCCGUCGUUCACUGGAUUUUUGCUUCAUUAAAUUAUAAAUACUGCUUAAUCUUUCCUUAAA